AGGAAAGCUCCCUCCGCUGGCUGCGAGCGGCGCUGCGUCGAGAGCGGGGCACGCGGCGGCGGCGGCGGCGGAGGGAAGCGCCUGGCGCCGCCGGGCUCUGCCGUUGGAGCGCGUGGCCCCGCCGCGGACCGGGGGAGAGGAGAAGCCGAGCGGGGCUGCCUGGAAACGCCGGGGGACGCUCCCACGGCCGCGGAGGGGCGGUGGGUGCCUCCCGCCGGCGGGCCACCCCCCCCUCAAACCCCCUCCCAUCCCCACCCCCCAACCGCAGCCGGGGCUCUCUCGCUUGUUGCUCAGGCCGGCGGCCAAAGGAACCCAGGACCAUGAAGGAGGCGAGCGGCAACUCGGGGCUGGCCGCGAUCGGCGGCUGAAGGAAGAGCCCGACGGGGGACGGCAAGUGGAACAAGCAGCCUUGGGGGCUUUACGUCCCUCCUGGUCCCUCCCCGGAGUCCGAGCCUCUCUCCUCCCGGCCGCCGCAACCCUGCCGCCUGCCAGCAACUUUGAAUGAAAAAAGAGAACCCGUUAAAGAAAAUGAGAUACUUCAUCAAUUCAAUACUGCCCCCUCCAGCUGCUUUUUAUUAAGAAGCAGGCAUGGGGAAUCAGGUAGAGAAACUGACCCAUUUAAACUACAGAGAGGUUCCCACGGCCGACCCAGCCGGCAUGGACCGAGAUGAGGGUCCCCGAAUUGGAGUUUCUUACAUAUUUUCCAACGAUGAUGAUGAUGUCGAGCCUCAGCAGGACCCAGCGGAGCUCGGUGGGGAACACCCCGUGUCACAACCGUAUGACCCGCAACUUCACGAAGUGGAAUGCUCCAUUUAUUACCGGGACGAGUGCAUUUAUCAGAAAAGUUUUUCUGGAGACCACACCUCAUCUGGUGAGGUAGGGGGUGGGGGUGGAGGAGGAGGAGGGGGCCAUUUCACCACCUACACGCCAGAAAACCUACUGAACAAGUGCAAAGCUGGCGACCUGAUAGAAUUUGUGUGCCAGGCCCAGUACCCUCACUGGGCGGUGUACGUAGGAGACUUCCAAGUCGUCCACCUUCACAGACUUGAAGUGGUGAACAGUUUUCUCACCGACGCCAGCCAGGGCCGACGGGGCCGCAUCGCGAACCACUUGUACCGCUACAAACCGCUAAACCCCGCCACCGUGGUACGAAACGCCCUGGAUCAGGUGGGCCGCAAAGACCAGGAUCUCAGCUGGAGGAACUCCGAAUGUUUUGCCGCCUGGUGCCGUUACGGCAAGCGCGAGUUCAAAAUCGGGGGCGAACUGCGCAUAGGGAAGCAACCUUACCGGUUGCAGAUCCAGCUGGGAGACAAACGCAGUCACACGCUGGAGUUUCAGAGCCUGGAAGAUCUCAUUAUGGAAAAACGAAGGAACGAUCAGAUCGGGAAAGUAGCCGUCAUCCAAGAAUUGUCCAGCCAUCUCCAGGCAUCCGAGGCCGACAACGAAGACGGUGGUGCUAACGGCAAGCCAGGUGCCUGGACUGCUGCUGAGUAGCAGUCCUUGCACAGUCUUGGCUGCUUAACCUUGGCGACGGAUUAAAACUGAAUCCUGCGAAAUUGAGCUGUUAUAAACCCCUUGGGCUCUUCCAUUGCAGGUUGACUCCAAUCCCAUGUGAAGGAAAGGGGCAAAGCUGAUUAAAGCAUCGGUCCUCCAGCACUUAACUCCUUUGGUGCUUGCUUCAAACCAGCAAGUUUGUACGGUUGAGGGUUAAAUCUCAGGAAGAUCUGCCUCACUCGCUCUUUUUAUGCAUUGUCUCUCUCUCUCUCCCUUCCCAAAUUGCACCCCUGUUCCUCCUACUUUGAGCUUCUCGCUUGUUUUAAAUUGAGACGAGGUCCAGCAUCUGUGAUGGGAUUCAAUGUUAUAGCAAGGUCAUUCCCUCCCCCCCCCCCAUCCCUCUUUUUUAUCCUUUGGCGUUUCUGGAAUCUCUCCCCCUUUCCUUUUGCUUGUUACGGUCUUCCAUUCUUCCCGUCCCCAGAUAUCUCUGUGAGGUUUAAAUGGCUAAAUUAUUGUGCAUUUGGGGGGGGGGGGUCACAAGGUUGGCCUGCUUGUGGUAAAGGAUUUGGCAACGUUGCAAAGCAGAAGUAGCAUUUCUUGGCUGUGGCCGAAGGGCCUUUUCUGGAUGGUGUGGAGGGAUGUAAACUGUUUGCACAGAAGUGGGAUUGCGGAGUGGAAUUACCCUGGAAUAAGGGCUGCCAUUUUUCAUUUAGGAGCCAACUACCAAGAAACUUUUUUUCCCCUUUAAUUACGGUGAAGUUGAGUUAAGCCAUGGGCAGCCAGGUUUUUUAAAAGUUAUUUUAGUGGGGAGGCAGGGUUCCCACUAAGAACCCUCUUAGCACCAGUGGUUACAGCAGGAUUAAUUUUGCUACAAAUCCAAGUACUGUUCGGGCAUAUUGUAUAUUGUUGGAAAAGGUGGCACAAGAGACGAGCAAUGUUUUUGAAAAAUGAAUUUUAUUCCUAGGCAGUGAAGCUGGUGGUUUUAUUUUUGCUCUUAAAUGCCUGAGGACUAGGCUGUUAGUGCAUUUGGAGGGGGAAAAAAAACCUUUUUCUUCCAGUCUGUUUUAUCUUAUUUCUUUAUGUAUAAAAUCAUUGAUUUCAGAAGCCCGGCAUCUUCUGUACAUUUUUUUCAGUAUUUUUUUUUUUUUGUUUCAUUCUAUGAGUACGUCAGCAAAACACAUCCUCCCCAUUAACAAUAGGGAAAAAAGGAAAGGGAUGGUACAUGUUGUUCAUUUUCAGGUUAGGAAAUUUCUGCCUUCAGCCCCUCAAGCUGAUCUCCAUUGAUGCUUUCUUUUUUCUUGGUGGACUUUUGCUCCUCUAGGGAUAUUGUUAAGGCAAGAAAGAGAAAGCAGCCGUUCCCCUUGUAGAAAUGGGGGAGAUUCAAAGAUUUGCCUUGUUGGCAAGCCACAAUUAUAAAAAAGAGAACUGGUAAAAAGUUCUGCUUGGGCAUUAUUGCUGCUAACAUGAAACUGCAGCUGUGUAGUUGCCAAUCCUAUAAAACAAAACUGAUCCGCAUGCAUUAACUGGGAGCGGGUGCUUCAGGAGUUGCUCUGUAGCUAGGAAUUUAUUAUCUUCAUUCCGAUCAGCAAAUAGAAGAAGCAAGAGUUGUGUGUUUUGAUCAAUAGACUGUUAACUUCCUUGCUAAUGGCUGAUUUUUCAUAAAAGCCUCUGAUUUGUUUUGAGUAGUAAAGUUGCACAUUUGGAAGCAAAGGUGUUUGGUGUAACUAAGCAGCAUUUUAAAACAUGCCUAACAAUUAUUAACCACCACUUAAAGCAGACAAUAUUCUCUGCUACCUCUUCACUGCAAAACCAUAUAAGGCUGUGAUGGUGAACCUAUGGCAGGCGUGCUGGAAGUGGCGUGCAGAGCCAUCUCUCUUGGCAUGCCAGCCAUCGCCCGUCGCUCUUCUGGGUUCUGGUGCACAUGUGCGCACCAGCCAAUUGGUUUUCCAUGUGCGUGGGAGUGCCAUAAACUGGAAGAGCAGCUCCCCGGUGCGCAUGUGUGCACUGGGAAGCUGAGCUUCCGGUUACCAGCAUGCACAUGCCUGCUGCCCAGCUGGUCUUCACAUGUGCAUGCGUGCCAGAAAACAGAAGACCAAGUGGCAUGUGCGCCAGGGAGUUGCUCUUCUGGUUUUCAGCACUUCCCUAUGUGCGUGCUGGAGAGGUGCUUUUCCGGUUUCUGGCACUCCCCUGCGCCCGCACAUACUCCCGUUUUGGCACUCAGUGCCGAAAAGGUUUGCCAUCACUGAUAUAAGGGAUGUUUUUUAACCGCAUGCAUCUGAUUGCCAUCUUUGGCAUAGGGUUGAGUUGAUGUUUGGUGGUUGGUUAUUCAACUAGAUAAAGCAACACUUGGAUGUGGGUUGAUAAGUGAAGGACAGACAAUGAUACAAAGUCUUGCUCCUUUUUCACUCUGCACUUUGUUUGUUCCAGCGGUGGCUUAGACGGAGCCACAAAUCACUUUAGACAAAUCACUGAUCAUCUGAAAUGAGCUUAGGCUCAUGGUCCUUGCUCUUAUAAGGAUACACUCUCUGUUGUCCAUUUUUGUAGCAUUCAGCCAGAAGUCAGUAAUGACGAAAGACUGUUUUGCUACCAAAAAGUCCUACCCUUCACACACACACACACACCCAAAAAAUCCUUCCUGUGUUUUGAAAAAUGCCUAGCAGGGAAAAUUGUACAAUAAUGUGAUUCCUUCUAUCUAUUGCUGCUUAGUUUACCUUCACUUUAGCUUCCUAUAUACUGGGACACCCAAACCAGGUUCAUCCGUCCCCCCCCCACUCAAUUCCUCACCUUAAAGUGGGGCAAUCCAGGGAAUUUGCUACAGUACUGUAUUCUGCUGAGGGUAUAACCUGCCAUUGUCAGCCCAUAAAUUUCUUGCAUACCAAACAAAGACCAACUUAACUUCAAGGACUUUGGUUUAUUCUGCUAAUGCACCGUGCGGUUGUUUGCAUUAAGGAAGAGGGAAGCAAGUGAUGCAGAAAGUGAGAUAAUCCAGCGCUAAUUUGGUUUCCCUCCCCCCUUUUGCUUCUAAGAGUUCAGAAGUUGCGAUAAGCGGAGUUGAUAAAAGGUCUCAAAGAGAUAUCUGUUGUGUUGGAAACCGUGUCUUUUUUUAGGAACGUGAUGUUAUUCUGAGGUAUGUGCUCUGCAUACCGCAAUUGUCAAGCUCAUAUGCAAUAUUGUAUGUUUUAAAGCACAAAAUCUGAACGUACUGAACUUGGCUAUUGACAAGCAGAACAGGUCCUUAAGCAGUACUGGUGAGGGCAUCUGGAGCCACUUCUGAUGGAUGUUCAUCAAAGCUUCUACAGCUGUCACCAUAAUAGGAAAAUUUGCAGUGGAAAAAAAAAUCUGCAUCUAUUUCCCAGGAAUGCACCACAAGCAGGACUUCAUUUCCAUUUUAAGACUGAUCAGCAUGGAGAACUCAUUAAAAACCAGUAAAUGUUUACUGCUAUUAAAAGAGGCCAAGAUGAUGUUCUUCCUGUUAAAUCCAGCAACUGUAUCCUAGCUUCAGAGUUGAUAUUUAGUUAUUAAUGAUUCUGAAUUUUGUAGAGAACAAAACUUAUUUCGCUAUGUAAUAGUGGUUGUAAAAUGAUAUUUUCUUACAAGUAUUUUUGAAAGGAAUUCCAUCAUGAAAAUAUUUACAUUUUUGAAAGUUGUAUUAUUUUCACAGAGAAAUAUAUCCUCCAAAUCAA